AUGGGUCUUUUCCACCACCAUCACGAACAUCAGGGUGGCCCUGGCGGUCCGCAGGGAGGUCCUGGAGGUCCUGGUGGCCAUGAGGGAGGUCACGGAGGCCCUGGUGGCCCUGGUGGCCCCGGUGGUCCCGGUGGCUUUGGCGGUCCCCAAGGUGGUCACGGAGGCCCCGGAGGCCCUGGUGGCCCCGGUGGUCAGGGAGGCUUUGGUGGUCCCCAAGGUGGCCCUGGAGGCCCUGGCGGCGGUCCUCAUGAGGGUGGUCACGGAGGCCCUGGCGGUGGUGGCUUUGGCGGUCCAGGUGGCCCCGGCGGGCAUGAGGGAGGUCACGGCGGUCCUGGUGGUCCUGGCGGUGGUGGCUUUGGUGGCCCCGAUGGUCACCAAGGCGGUGGUGGCCCUCACGGAGGUGGUCCUGGAGGUCCCGGAGGUCACCAGGGUGGCGGCGGCUGGUGA